AUGCGUGUUACUGUUACUAAUGAAGAUGAUGUUUUACCAUUAGAAGUUGGUGAAAGUGUUAUUCUAAAUGAAUUUCUUUCUAUUUGUAAAACAAUGUUACCAAAUCUUGAAGGACCUGCUGAAAAACUUGUAGUUGAUGUUGAUGGUUCAAAAAUAAUCCCAGUUCCUGAAAAUUUAACAAAAACUAUUGGUGAACACAAUUUUAAAGAUGGAUCUUUUAUAUAUGUUUUUCCAGUAGCAAGAUUACUUAAUCCAUUAAUGCGUCAAAUGCAAAAUGUUAGUGAAGUAAACGAACCAAUAGAAAAUCAACAAAGAUUAUCCAAUGUACCACAACCUGAUAGAGAGGUAGGAGGUAUUGUUGAUAAUGGAACUGAAGAAAGUAAAAUGAAAAUAGAAGCUAAAAUGUUACAUGAUCGUGCACUUGAAAAUCCUAAUGUUUUACGUUCAAUAUCUGAUACAUUUCCUUCAUUAUUAGAAACAUUUAACAAAGACAAAUCUUUUGAAUCAUUUUUUGCUGCAUUUAAAAAAGAUAUAGAGGCUGAAAGACGUAAACAAUUAUUGAUGCAAGAUGAAUUUUCUGAGGAAGGACAAAGAUAUAUUGCUGAACAGAUUCGAAGACAAAAUAUUGAAGAAAAUUUUAGAAUGGCUCAAGAAUAUAUUCCUGAGACAUUUUUUAUUAAUAAUUUGCUUUGGAUUAAAUUAAAAAUUAAUGGUGUACCAGUUUUGGGAAUAGUAGAUAGUGGUUGUCAAAGUUCUGCUGUUGUAUCAUUAAAUAUAAUAAAAAAAUGCAAUUUAUUAAAUUUGGUUGAUAAACGUUAUUUUGGUGCAGCUAGUGGAAUUGGUGGAAUGUCAAAUAUUAUUGGAAAAAUUCAUUCAACCAGUAUAAGUGUUAAUGAACAUUUAUUUGAAAUACCAAUUCAAGUAUUGGAUGGUAAUGAUUCAACAGUUCUUAUUGGUCUUGAUAUGUUGAAAAGAAAUCAAUGUGUAAUCGAUUUGCAAAAAAAUGUCCUUCGUUUUGGUGAUGGUACAGAAACACCCUUCUUAAGUGAAGCAGAAGCUCAAAGAGAAAGAGAUUUGUUUGAUGAGCAAAUGGCAAUCUAUAAUAGCUCUCAAAGUAUGGAAACAGAAACUGUUCCAGCUGUUUUUGUUGCUGACUCUGAAAAGUUAUCAGAAUUGAUUUCAAUGGGAUUUGAAGAAGGGCGAGCUAGGGAAGCUCUUAAGGUUUGUGAUAAUAAUUUAGAAUUGGCAGUUAAUUUCUUAUUCAGUAAUUAA